AUGUCCAAAACAUUUGGAGCCCACAAUAGCAAGAUUCUGGCAAUUCCAGAGAGCAAUAAAAGAAAGCUAAGCGCACUGGAAACCGGGGGGCACACCCACGCCACAGUAGUUCAGCACGAGGCUGAGGGUAAGCGGGACGUUAAGGUUGAUACCAAGAACAUUAGCCCUGAUGGCGGUGCAGAGGCAGACCGCUGCCCUCGAAGGUCCACACAGAUUCCCAGGCCCAGGGAGCAGCAAGGUAGCCGCGGCGGCGUGCCAGAUGUGAUGUUGAUGAGGCCGAGCACAUCGGCGCAGACGCCAAGCUUGAGGGCUCAGCGGGCGUUUCCGCUUGCAGGUGGGCUUGGGCCUGGCUGCGGGACGUUCGGGCCGGGCAGAGGGACGUUCGUCGGGGCCUGGCUGCGGGACUGUUCGGGCCGGGCCGGGGCGCGGGAAGUUGGGGCCGGGGCGCGGGACGUUUGGUUCGGCCCGGGGCGCGGGGUCGCCGGGGCCUGGCCCGGGCAAGUGUUGCAGGAGUUGGCAAUAUUGACAAAGAGGAGGAGGUUGAGGGUGAGGAGGAGAGCAAGAGAGGAGGAGGUCUUUGAGGCCAUUAUGUUGCCGGCGCCGUAAUAUCCGAUCGAUCACUAGCUGCUCAAGUACUAAGGUUUAUUAGUAGUUAUUGAUCGAGUACUGGUGAUCGGGUGGUGUUUGAGGAGGAGAGGGGGUGGGAUCAUGUGGGGUUUUAUAGAGGGAGGAUCGAACGAGGAGAUGCCCUAGUUUUUCGUUACUUCACUCUAUCUAG